CUUUGGUAUUGCAAUCGACAUUGCAACUAAUAUAUGAAGCAAUCUUCUAGAUAUAUUGAGUCCAUGAACUGAGACCUCUUUAAACCGGCAAAAGAUCCAUACCGUAGCAGAUCGAAGUAGAACGAAAGAUAGAGAAAGCGGACACAUACCAGAACAGGGAUGGAAAAGGUAGGUGAAGAUGAGGAGAAGACCAUUGAAGAAGCAAACAACUCAACUGAGGAGACGAAGAGUGAUAAAGAGGAGGAAAGGAUAAAAGGUACUAUUGCUGAUCAGGUUGAUCCAGUAGAUUCCACUGAAGAAGGUUCUACGGGUCCAUCCAACUCACACACUGUAGUCUCCAAAGAUCAUGAUUUUAGUGAAUCUGAUAUGGAGGACGAAGAGCAGGUUCUCGAGUUUUUCAGACGUAAUCACGGUUUUUCACCUGAGGUCACCAAGAGAAACAACUUCCCAUAUGUUAACAACUCUGAAAGGAUGGUACUUCAGUUCCAAGAAGACACUUCUGCAGAAACAGAACAAACAAAUGAAAUGUUCCACAGUUUGAAUGAUAGCAACGAGAUUCUUGAAGGAACCAAGUCAUCAUCAGCUUCAGAUGAGGAUACCGAGGACUCAUCUAGUAACUCAGACCUUGAUUCCAGCCUUUCCAGGUAUUAUUUUGACGGAUCCUUACCGGUUUCAGCUCAUGUCGAAGAAUUUGAAACUCAUCAAGAUGAAUCCCUUGUACCUAAAGAUGAAAACCAGAUGCCUCUGCUGUGUCUCAAGCAACCCAUGCUGCAACCAACUUCAUGGAGAAAUUGCUGUGGACUCCUCGAGCUUCUCUGGGCUGCUGAUCCAUAAAUUUCAGAUACGAGGAAAAUCGACCUCCAAUGAAUGGAUUUUAGCAGUAAGUAAGGAUAUAGACGUGACAUGUUGUUCUAGUAACCAACACAAAAUGGUUUAUAGUAGUAAGUAGCUCAUAUUCACUUUCUCUUUAGGAUCUAUGUAAUGAACCACUGUCAAGCAAACUUUUAGAAAAAUGUUUCUCUUUGUAAUUUAGUUAACAGGAGACUACAGACCAUUUGAAAAGAAAAGCAACUACACAUCUUUAGCCUAAAAGCGAGGAUAACCAAUUACCUUAAACAAACAAAAACAACCAAAAACAUCACAAAGUCGAAACCAAAGCCAAGCAAAAUCUUGGGCACCUAUAUGACUGUGAAACUGCAAAACGUUAUGGUCUUCAGCUAAUCCUAUGCUCCAUAUUAUCGAAUCACAUUCGUUUUGAAUAGCAUCCGAACAAUGUCGCUGCCACUAACCAGCAGCAACC